GUUUGCUUAGAGCGGAUGACUUACGCCUUUCUUACAAGUUAGGCAGCGAGCAAGGAGCUGGGGAACCAGUCCGCAGGCAGAAAGGAGCUAAUUGAAUCCAGCGUCCUCGGUCCUGGUGGCUUAGGAUCCUGAGCUGUGACCGGGAGCUGGCUUGAUCAUGUAACAGCAGAGGGGCAUGGCCCACAAGUACCCUGUCCUCGCUUAGCCAGCCCAGGGGGACGCCGAUCUCCCACUGGGGAGGGGUGGGCACGCUGGGCAUUUGGCGAACUCGCCCCAUCGCCGGCCUGCUCAAUGCCGAAACCGUCAAGAGAGCCUUCGGAUGAGGAGACGGAGGAGUCGGUGAAGUUUAAGAGGCUGCACAAGCUGGUAAACUCCACGCGCAGAGUCAGAAAGAAACUCAUUAGGGUGGAAGAGAUGAAAAAGCCCAGCACUGAAGGUGGGGAGGAGCACGCCUUUGAGAACUCCCCAGCCCGGGAAGAAAGACCCGUCUUGUACUCAGGCGUGCACAAGAAGCCAUUCUUCUUCGACGGCUCCCCUGAGAAGCCUCCUGAAGAUGAUUCGGACUCCCUCACCCCCUCUCCCUCCUCCAGCAGCCUGGAUACCUGGGGGGCAGGCCGGAAGCUGGUCAAAACCUUCAGCAAGGGAGAUAGCCGGGGCCUGAUUAAGCCCCCCAAGAAGAUGGGGACCUUCUUCUCCUACCCAGAAGAAGAAAAGGCCCAGAAGGUUUCCCGCUCCCUCACGGACGGGGAGAUGAAGAAAGGCCUGGGGUCCCUGAGCCACGGGGUAAGUACGGAUAGCGUUUGCUUCUAUGACAGCCACAGGUGCAGGCACCACCUGCUCGUGUCCCUAGAGGAGGUUCAGAGUGUCCGGAAGCAAAUCCGCUUGAAGAAAAUGGAUACUAACUAUUCAUGUUCCAGAACUUUUCUCUGCCAGCGCCCCGCCAGAAAAGGCAUGACCAGCUCUGCCUGGGACCUGCAGCUGCCCCGGCAGAAACCCCGGGCAGGGGGCGGCUGCGGCCUGCCCAGCCGGAGGGCGCGCGCGCGCACCUCUGUCAGCGAGUUCAAUAUCACCUACGUGGUGGAGCGGAGUCUGUACAGCCACCUGAACCUGACCCAGCUAGUGCGUCCCGCCUCAGACAGGAGCCUGAGCAAGGCCAAGAAGCAGGACCUGAGGCGGUGCUUGCUGGAGGAGGAGGCGGAGGCAAAGAGGAAGUGGGCAGCCACCGUCGACCGCUGUACUAAAAGGGUUCUCUUGAGAAUCCACCAGAAAUCUAGAACCGGCAGCUUUGGAGGCUUCGACCUGACCAACCGCUCUCUGCACAUCGGCAGCCGUCCCACUGACCCCGCGGGCAAAGAAGGCGAUUUCGUGUACAAAGAAGUGAUCAAAUCGCCCACAGCCUCCCGCAUUUCUCUUGGAAAGAAGGUGAAAUCGGUGAAAGAGACAAUGAGGAAGAGGAUGUCUAAAAAGUACAGCAGCUCUGUCUCCGAGCAGGACUCUGGCCUGGAAGGGAUGGCGGGCUCCCCGCCGACGUCGCAGCCCGACUCGGAGCGCACGGACAAGCCCAAGCUCAAGGCCGGCGGCUCCGUGGAGAGCCUGCGGAGCUCGCUCAGUGGGCAGAGUUCCAUGAGUGGCCAGACAGUCAGUACCACGGAUUCCUCCACCAGCAACAGAGAAAGCGUCAAGUCGGAAGACGGCGAGGAUGAGGAGCCCCCCUACCGGGGCCCCUUCUGUGGCCGUGCCCGCGUGCACACCGACUUCACACCCAGCCCCUACGACACAGACUCGCUCAAGCUCAAGAAAGGCGAUGUCAUCGACAUCAUCAGCAAACCCCCCAUGGGGACGUGGAUGGGCCUGCUGAACAACAAGGUGGGCACGUUCAAGUUCAUCUACGUGGACGUGCUGACCGAGGAAGACGAGAAGCCCAAGCGUCCCACCCGGAGAAGGCGGAAAGGACGACCCCCGCAGCCCAAGUCUGUGGAAGACCUGCUGGACCGUAUCAACCUGAAGGAGCACAUGCCCACCUUCCUGUUCAAUGGGUAUGAAGAUUUGGACACCUUCAAGCUCCUGGAGGAGGAAGACCUGGACGAGCUAAACAUCAGAGACCCGGAGCACAGAGCCGUGCUACUGACAGCAGUGGAGCUGCUGCAGGAGUGUGACAGUAACAGCGACCAGUCGGGAUCCCAGGAGAAGCUACUCGUGGACAGCCAGGGCCUGAGCGGAUGCUCCCCAAGAGACUCGGGGUGCUUCGAGAGCAGCGAGAACCUGGAGCACGGCAAGACUCAGAAAGCCGGCCUGCUACCUGCCAAGUCACUGACGGAGCCCAGCUUGCCGUCCUUCAGCAGGAAGCAAGGUGCCCACCCCACGCUGCCCUUAACCAAGUCAGUGGACACGCUGCAGCCUCGAGAGGAGGAGGGCCGGCGGGCCAGUGGGCUCCCUGCUCAUGCCUCCACCAGCGGCGACCAACCCUGUACCACCGGGGGCAUAAGAAACCGAAGGAGCCUCCCUGUGUCCAUGUGCCGGAGCUGCGAGACCCUCGAGGGCCACCAGCCCGUGGAUGCCUGGCCCCGGUCCCAUUCUCUGCAUGACCUUCAAGGAGAGCCUGAAGCUGGACCAGCCGUGCCCGGUGGGGCGAAAGGAGGCUCCCCGCAGACUCUACCUGCAGUGCCACAGAAGGCCCCCGCCGCCACUACACAGCCCUCGGAACACGAGCCUGCUGCAGACAAUGCCUCACUACUGACCCAAAGCAAGAGAUGGUCUGAGCCCCAGAAAACCACCCAUCAGAAAGCCGAGGGCCCUGUGGCCGUCCAUGGCCGGGGCCCAGUGCCCCCGCAGUAUUUGCCCAAGAGCUAUGACACUCAACCCCCGGGAGCCAAGCCCGGCUUCGGGAGGACACCCCUCGAGGGUUACAGCAAAGGGCCCGCUCCAGAAGGAACAAGCUGUCCCCCUGGGACCAAAGACGGGGCCGGUGCUGAGCAGAGGGGCCCCGAGGCCAGAGCUCAGCCCAGACACCCUUCGCAGCCUCCGCCUGUUCCUGCCAAAAAGAGCAGGGAGCGCCUGGCCAAUGGCCUCCACCCCACACCUGGUGGCCAUGGGGGCACCCUGCCCAGCCCGGACGCCCCGGACUUGCCAGUCAAAAGGAGCAGCCCCGCCAGCCCCGCCGACUGCCAUGCGGCCUUGGCCCCCAGGUCAUCAGCUGGGGACCCUGGCAGCCCGCCCAGCACGAGACCUCCGCCCUGGCUCUUGGAGCUCCCUGAGAGCAUGAGCCUGCAGGAGCAUGGGGCACGGCUGGGCCUAGCCCUGACCAGGAAGGUGUCCUGUGCCCGGGCCCUCGACCUGGAGAUGCUGAUGGAGGACAAGCUGCAGGCAGAGGGCAUCGAUCUCACCGAGGAGCCGUACUCCGAUAAGAUCCCCAGUGGCGGCCUGACGGAGAUCUGCCGGAAGCCGCUCUCGCCAGGCUGCGUGUCAUCCGUGACCGAGUGGCUGGUGUCCAUCGGCCUGCCCAUGUACGUGGGCGCGCUCACAGAGGCGGGCUGCAGCACGCUGAGCCAGGUGCCCUCGCUGUCCCACACGUGCCUGCAGGAGGCGGGCAUCACAGAGGAGAGGCACAUCUGCAAGCUCGUGUCCGCCGCCAGACUCUUCAAACUGCCGCCGGGGCCCGAGGCCAUGUAGCCAGGCCCUGCUGCACCACCCCUUCACUGUGCCCCGAUGCAGCCUGGGCUCCGAAGGGAGGCCCCUCGGGGAGCCAGACUGCAUAGAACCUUGGCUCAGGCCAGGACCCUCCCUCCUGUAGGCACACCCCCCAAAGAGAAGACAAGGAUGUCUUUUAUUUUCGGAAUGCAAACCAAGAUGCCAACCCGCAGCAAAUGCUGUGCCUCCGGUCUGUCUGGGAGCCGGGCAAGGGCAGCUCGGCCCUGCCCAGCUCUUCUGCAGACACCCAAAGCCCAGAGCCCCGGCCUGGGCGCUUGCUGUUCCCUAUGGGCUGUGUUUCUUUGUUCAGAAGGGAGAAAACCCUGGCCACCCAGAAAUAGCCCUGUCCUCCUUCUGAUCCCCAAGAGACGUGUUCAUACUGCUUUCUAGCAAUCAGCUUUUAUUUGCCUUAACAUAAGCUUUGAGCCGCGAUCGAACUAGGGUUCACGACCCCAUAACCAUCGUCCCAAACCUUCAGCUUCGACCACCGUCUACUAUAUCGGGGGUUUCCGCAAACGUGGGCUUUUCUACUUGUUUGAUUUUUGACCUGGCCUGUUUUAUAGGAGUGCUUAUCAGGCACCAGUUUCGUGUUGGCUUUUGGUUUUCAAACUAACUACAAAUCCAGUAAGAAGCUGACUGAAAUUUGCAGCUAGCUUGUACAUGUGGGUGCUUGUGCGUGUGUGUGCGUGUGUGUGUGUGUGUGUG